AUGAACGUUGCGUCUCAUCAGUCGGCGGGAGAUGUACAGGGCUGCAGUUACACUUCAGGGCUAGUGGAUACCCGCGAUAAGUUCAGUUUUACGUACGGUGAGAUUGAGUGGCGGGCACUCGCUCCCGUCGGUCGCGGCAUCCAGCCACAGCUGUGGCUACAGAAUCCUCAGUGCGGCACCGGGAUAACCUGCAAGUUAGACGAUCCGCCGGCCUUCCAUCCCCAGGUAGACCGCGAUCAGGAGACAUCACACAAUAUCAGUGCGAUGAGUGUGAAGAUGGUGGCUAGGGAACCAGAUGUCUCGCGCGAGUUUCACGUGUAUAAGAUUGGAUGGUUUCCGGAUGGGCUGCAGUGGUCCGCGGACGGGGUGGUGCUCCACUCUGUGAUAUGCCGCCCUUACGUCCCGACGGUGGCGCUGCAGGGGGUAUUGAAUGUUGCCGUUGGAGGGUUUUUCUCCGAUAGUCCCAACAAUGGUGACCGCUUCCCCAUCGAGUUCCUCAUUGACUACGUGGUGGUGCGCCAGAAACCACACCGGAGCUACCGAUACUAG